CGGGGUCACAGUAACCAGACUAUAGAGGUCCCUCGGAACGUAAAAGUUGCUCGCCGACUUUUCCGGUCGGAAAGGCUUUCGGGAGUAUCUAGUCCCCCACCCGGAAGUUCCGAGGUAAUGCGAGCGUGCAAGGACUCCUUUGUUUUAUGUCCAGAAUUUGAACGGCUUGAUCGGGCGGGGAGCCGCUUGCCGGAAGAGGAAAAGAAAUCAUGUUCGCGCCUGCAGUGAGGCGCGCUCUGAAGAAGAGCAAGACGCUGCGCUACGGUGUGCCCAUGAUAGUGAGUACUCAUGUUGGAGGUUCUUUUGGUCUCCGGGAGUUUUCUCAAAUUCGUUAUGAUGCAAUAAAAACAAAAAUUGAUCCUGAACUUGAAGAAAAACUGAAAAGGAAUAAGGUGUCAUUGGAAUCUGAAUAUGAGAAAAUAAAAGAUUCAGCCUUUGAUGACUGGCAGAACAUCCGAGGACCUCGACCAUGGGAAGAUCCUGACCUCCUCCAAGGACGAGACCCACAAACUCUUAAGUCCAAGCAAGCCUGAGUGUGCUGCCUCAGAUUGCUCUUCUUAAAUCAGAAUGCCAUUACCUAGCUAUCCUCAUCUGCUCCUGUGUCUAAGGAAGAGACUAUUACGUUCCGGAAUAAGCCAACACAUGAGUAAUUGAAUGGCAAACAUGUCUAAAAAAAAUAUCAAAUAGCAGAGUUCUUUGUACUUUCCAUCUGACCCAUUUGCAAAUGGAAGUAAUUGCACUGAAUGGGCACUUUUCAAUAAAUAAGUCUACUUCAUUGAGAA